AUGGCGGUGAGGGAUGGUAGAGAGGGUGGAGCGAGCGCCGUGGAGGCUUCGAUCCACCGACUGCAGCUCCGCUGUAACCGCCCGGUGAGAGCGGCCGCCUGGGGUUCCCUUGAGUGCCCUUCCUCCCAGCAGUGUGAACCUUUCCAGGAAUAUCCUUUGCAUCUAGUUAGCUGCUGCGGCCCCGGCGCCACCGCCGCCUCCGCCUCUGCCCCGCAGAGCAAGCAGGAGAUCCACCGGCGCUCGGCCCGGCUGCGCAACACCAAGUACAAGUCGGCGCCCGCCGCGGAGAAGAAGGUCUCCACCAAGGGCAAGGGCAGGAGGCACAUUUUUAAGCUGAAAAACCCCAUCAAGGCCCCCGAGUCCGUGUCCACCAUCAUCACAGCAGAGUCCAUCUUCUACAAGGGCGUGUACUAUCAAAUUGGAGACGUCGUCUCGGUGGUUGAUGAGCAGGACGGAAGAACAUACUAUGCUCAGAUCCGGGGCUUUAUUCAGGACCAGUACUGCGAAAAGAGCGCCGCGCUGACCUGGCUCAUCCCAACGCAAGCCAGCCCCAAAGAUUGCUUUGAUGCUGCAUCCUAUAUCAUAGGACCAGAAGAAGAUCUCCCAAGGAAAAUGGAAUAUUUAGAAUUUGUUUGUCAUGCACCUUCAGAAUAUUUCAAGUCUCGAUCAUCUCCCUUCCCUACUGUUCCUACAAGACCAGAGAAAGGUUAUAUAUGGACUCAUGUGGGACCUACUCCAGCAAUCUCCAUUAAAGAAACUGUUACCAAUAAUUUAUAAUUUUUUUUAAAGGAAUGCUCUGGACCUACUAUGGGUACAUUCUCAGGUCUGAAAACUCCGUACAAGAAAUUAAAAAAUGUAAGAUAUUCAGGUUACUUCAUGGAUUGUGGUACUUGUUUAAAGUUUUAUAUGAUCUCUAAAGUGGAAGUU